AUGUUUCUUUUGAACUUAACUAAAUCCUUAAAACGCUUGCCUACUUGCGGUAGUUACAUCUCAAAUCCGCUGGAUAAUGGCUGUGUUGGUCUCCAAACUGCUAAAUACUCGACAGUUAUUCCGACCCAAAUCCCUUCUUUAAAUAAAUCGUUUAUAUGUAUGUAUUUAAGAUCUGCAUUGAUCUCUUUUGAUCUGUUCUUUUUUUCUUUGACAACUGUCGCAGAGCAUCUUCUUUCGAGGAUGGACCAACCAAAAUCAUCUCAAAACCUUAUUGACCGUAAAGAUGAUGUUGACGAAGUCAAAACUAUAAUUACGCCACUUUCAAAAUAUAAUUUUUACAAGGACAUGAUGUGGAUAAAUCAAUCAGAGAAUCCUGGGUGA